AAAGUCAUGAAGGCUGCAUCUACCAGCUUGUUGUUGUUUGCGCUGAGUUUGCUCGCGACGGUCUCGGACGCCAAAGCGCCGGCGUGCGUCAACCUUGAGCAGAACGUCGACUACUACGGCAACGACAUUGCGAGUGUCGUCGAGUCCAACUACCAAAAGUGCUGCACGUGGUGCCAGAUCGUCGAUGGCUGCAAUGUGUACAUCUGGAACAGCUACAAUG